GCAAGCAUGUGGCUUUGUUAGAUUCGGUGGAUUUUGGACACCGGCUUUACAUGCAAUGUAUUUGUGCUACAUGGAAUUCGUUUUUCCUAUUUGUGUUUUCUACCGGAUACAUUCUUAUAGCUUGGAAUCGAGUGUUUUCCUGUGCGGCUCCGUUCAUUGGUAAACUAGCGGUUGCAUCAGUCGACUGUCAAUCAAGUCUGGGCUCUCUGCACCUGGUAUUAAUUUAAAUUUGCCGGUGAAUUUUUGUGGACAUUGAGUUUUGGAGCAAUCCUUUUCGUUUAGCCUUUGGUAUUUCAAUAACCGAGAUUUUAUUGUGCAGCCUUAUUGACAAGGUAAGCUUGUAACCGUAACGCAGGCUACUGUACCCCUAGUUAUAUUAAAAGCGGGCUGUAUCCCCGGAAAAUUACAACAUUGUAUCUUGACGGCGCAAGGAGGAACUAGCCUACAAGUACACUGCCCUCUCGAUUACUGUAUCAGUGAUUGCCAAAGCGUUGUUUGACAGCUGUCUUUGGGAACGCGUUGGACAAUAGGGCUUGCCUGGAGGAGCCAUCUGCUAUUGUUUUCUCCUGUGGAUAGAUCAAAACAUUAACAGAUCGAACAUGUCGCUCAGCAGAAGUAUUGAAUGGGAACACUUUGAGGAACGGGACAAAACGCACCGUUCAUCACGGGCUAACGGCUCGGGAUCCCAGUCAGGCUCCAGAGGCAACGGUCUCGUGCCCAGCCCGGCGCACAGCGCGCACUGUAGCUUUUACCGAACGCGCACGCUCCAGUCGCUCACCUCCGAGAAGAAAGCCAAAAAAGUGCGAUUCUACCGAAAUGGGGACAAAUACUUCAAGGGUUUGGUGUAUGCCGUGUCCAACGACCGUUUUAGGUCCUUAGACGCCCUGCUUAUGGAGCUUACCCGGUCUCUCUCGGACAACGUCAACCUGCCUCAAGGUGUCCGGAGCAUCUACACCGUGGACGGCAGCAAGAAGAUCAGCAGCCUGGACGAGUUAGUGGAGGGUGAGAGCUACGUGUGUGCCUCCAACGAGCCCUACCGCCGAGUGGACUACACCAAGAACGUUAACCCUAACUGGUCAGUGGGCAUCAAGGCCGGCCAGUCCCGCUCCCUGUCCUCCCUCAGCACCCUGGUAAAGGGCGAGCUGCAGCGUAGCGACGCCAGCCUGGGCACCAGAGACUUCAUCAAGCCCAAGCUGGUGACGGUCAUCCGCAGCGGGGUCAAGCCCAGGAAGGCUGUGAGGAUCCUGCUGAAUAAGAAGACGGCCCACUCCUUCGAACAGGUGCUGACCGACAUCACGGACGCCAUCAAGCUGGACUCCGGGGCGGUCAAACGGCUCUACACACUGGAGGGAAAACAGAUCACCUGUCUCCAGGACUUCUUCGGCGAGGACGACGUGUUCAUCGCGUGCGGCCCAGAGAAGUACCGCUACGCCCAGGAUGACUUCCUGUUGGAUCACAGUGAAUGCCGGGUGCUCAAGUCCUCAUACUCUGCUCGCUCGCCCACUCCAACGAGGGCUGCUGGGAGCAAGAGCCCUGGACUCUCACGCCGUAUCAAGUCCCCUGGCAUAGUAAGAAGACCAAUCCAUUACUCCACCAGUAGCCAGUCUCCUGUUAAAUCCCCAGUCAAUGGUGUCCCCAGCAGUACGAUCUCCACCCCCAAGUCCACCAAAUCCAACAGCUCCUCCCCCACCAGCCCCCGCAGUAUACACAGCUUCAAGAUUCCGCCACAUCACACGUCUGCCACCAAUGUGAACGGGUCUUCACGCGGUCUGGAGCUGGCCAAUAACAUGAGUCCUGAGGUUAACGGCAACAGCUGUAGCUCUAUCACAACCGUCCUGGAUAAGUACAAGGUCGGCAAGGUCAUAGGAGACGGAAACUUUGCAGUGGUGAAAGACUGUGUAGAACGGUCCACUGGGAAGGAGUAUGCACUGAAGAUCAUUGACAAGGCCAAGUGCAGUGGAAAGGAGCACCUGAUAGAGAAUGAGGUGGCAGUGCUGAGGAGAGUCAAACACCCCAACAUUAUCCAGCUGAUAGACGAGGUGGACACACCCACUGAACUCUACCUGGUCAUGGAGCUGGUCAAGGGUGGCGACCUGUUUGAUGCCAUCACGUCCUCCACUAAGUACACAGAGAGAGAUGCCAGUGUCAUGGUGUUUAACCUGGCUGGAGCCCUGAAGUACCUCCACAGCAUGAACAUAGUACACAGAGACAUCAAGCCUGAGAACCUGCUGGUGUGUGAGUACCUUGACGGCACUAAGUCUCUGAAGCUGGGGGACUUUGGUCUGGCCACUGUGGUUGAGGGGCCCCUGCACACCGUGUGUGGAACCCCCACCUACGUGGCCCCUGAGAUCAUUGCUGAGGCUGGUUAUGGUCUGAAGGUGGAUAUCUGGGCAACUGGGAUCAUCACUUACAUCCUGCUGUGCGGCUUCCCUCCCUUUCGCAGUGAGGACAACCUUCAAGAGGACCUGUUUGACCAGAUCCUGGUGGGACGACUGGACUUCCCUGCUCCCUACUGGGACAACGUCACGGACUCAGCCAAGGAGCUGAUUGGGCGGAUGCUGCAGGUGAACGUGGAGGCUCGCUACACGGCACAGGACAUCCUCUCUCAUCCCUGGGUCACGGAUGACAACAUGGAGAACAACAUGAAGAUGGAGGUGUCAGGUAAACUGAGGACACACUUCAACACAGCACCAAAGCCCAGCACAACCACAGCAGGAGUGUCAGUCAUCAUGAACACAGCUCUAGAUAAGAAGAGGAUCCAGCUGACUCGUCGCAGCCAGAGGCCCACAGCACCACCUCCGCCCCCACCACCGCCUGGGAAGAUAGUAGUCCCUCCUGCAGCCAUGCCAGUCAAGCAAGCCUCACCAGUCUCACCCAACACCAAGCUGCCAGUACCCACCAAGCUGGCAUCACCCACCAAGCCUGCCCUGCCAGAGGAGGAGCCCAAGAGUCCUCAGACUGAUGUGCCUGUCCCUGUAUCCCCUCCCAUCUCUCCUUCAACACCUACCAGACCUGUUACCUCUCCCUCUGUCCCUGUCUCUCCUUCCUCUCCUACCAAGCCUAACAUCUCUAUCUAUCCUACCUCCCCUACCAGGCCCAACAACUCUCCCUCUCCUUCCUCUCCUACUAAACGUAUCUCUCCCUCUCCCUCUUCACCUACCAAACCUGUUAUCUCUCCCUCCUCACCUACCAAACCUCACUUCCUCACCCCUGACCUGCUCCUCUCCCUCUUCUCCCACCCCUCCGGCACCCGUUACCUGCUCCCCCCCAACCGUGCCCCCACCCCUGGUGGGCCUUGA